AUUUCAUUUGCAUGUAGGAUAAUGUAAUUGGAGUGCUCUAUUGAUGGCAUUCUAGUGCUGUUGGGCUUUGGGCCAUAAAAGGUCACAUUCUGUGACAUUAAUCUGCUUUAUGGGGUCAAGUGUUAUUGACUCUUGGCAUUUUGAAAUGCGCAUUUAAGAAGUGCAUGCAUGCAUUAACAUUUUAGUUUGUUGUUGGCAUCCAGCGACCAAACAAAACCCAUCAAAGUGGUGUAAUUUUAAAGAGGUAGAUGAAUUUACAUCGAUCACGGUUCUAAGGUGGCACUUUAAAAUAAAACACCCUGGAAGAAAUCAUGUAAAUACUAUACACUAUAUCCUGAUUUUCUUUACUGCAUUGGACAGUUUAUGUCUGUUCUUUACAAACACUUUGAGUGAGAUUAUUAGUGUCAGCCAGGCUGGUGACACAUCAAUAGGAACAUAGGUGAUGUAUAACUGAAACACUCAAUAACCACCAAUGAAACAGCUUUGAGAUGACUCGGGUCACGCUUGUCCAAAGUUCUUCUCCAGCUUGUGUUUUCCUUCUUAGCUGCUGUAUGCAUGCAUGUGCACAGGACAUGUACAGUACCUACUGUAUGAGUCUUGUGAACUUGUCUGAAAGGGUUUUUCAUCGUCAGUUUUAGAUUUGGGCAGACACAAUGUACCAGCUGGGGUUUAGGAUUUCGCUUUUGCUCCUUCUUUUGGCGGUCAGGUGUGUUGCCCUGGAAGAAACCCAAAUUAAAGGCUGUGUUUGUGGAUACCCUGGAAUACCAGGGGACCCUGGGCACAAUGGCACACCCGGCAGAGAUGGGCGAGAUGGACUUCAGGGUGACAAAGGUGACAGAGGAGAACCUGGCCCUUUUGGAUCAGCAGGCAAUGAUGGUCACAAAGGGGAAAAAGGAGAACAUGGUGCUGUUGGGCCAGCAGGGCUCAAAGGUAAAAGAGGAGAUAAUGGCGAACGAGGAUUUCCAGGGAAAAUGGGGCCCCAAGGAGUCCAAGGACCCAUAGGCCUUAAAGGAAAUAAGGGAGAGCUUGGCUUGCCUGGACCCAUGGGAACUAAAGGUGAUUUAGGGCCACCAGGACCGGAGGGUCCAAGGGGAGAAAUAGGCCUUCAAGGUGACAGAGGCAUUCAAGGACCACUAGGACCCCCUGGCAAACCAGGUCCUAAGGGAGAAAUUGGUGUUCCAGGUCACAAAGGCAGCAUAGGUUACCGUGGGGACAGGGGAAGCAGAGGUGAGAAGGGUGACAGAGGUGAGAAGGGAGAAACACUAGUUAUCUCCAAAAGCGCCUUCUCUGUUGGACUCACAGCGCUAACGAAACUCCCAGCAGCCAAUGCACCAAUCCGGUUUGACAAGAUUAUUUACAAUCGACAGAACCACUACGAUCCGCAAACGGGACGAUUCACUUGCUCUGUUUUGGGAGCCUAUUUCUUUACGUACCACAUCACCGUCUUCUCCAGAAAUGUCAAAGUGGUUCUCAUGAAAAACGGCGAAAGAAUCAUCCACACCACAGAUACGUACCAGAGCAGCGAGGACCAGGCAGCAGGGGGUGCUGUGCUGCAUCUGGAGGUGGGGGAUAAGGUUUGGCUGCAGGUGGCUGGAGGAGAGCUCUUCAACGGGCUUUUUGCUGAUGAAGAUGAUGACUCCACUUUUUCUGGAUUCUUAAUCUUUGAGGCUUAAUAUUAGAAUUGUGUUAGAACAAUGAAAAAUUAUAGGUAAGCAUAUAUUGAGCAACACAUCUGCAGCUAAAUUUGUGAAAAUGUACUGAUAUAUUGGCAUUGUAUGAAGUUAUAAGCAGGUUUUGGGGGUCCUAAUCAUCACUCUUUUUGAUCAUUGUAAAAUCUUUAGAUGAGUUUUUGUUCUUUCCCUUUUGAUAGUUUUACAUCUCUUUCAGGUAAUAUUGCAACUUUAAAUUAAAAUAACCUACCUUAUAUUCUCAGUCCAAACGUAAUUAACAUAAUUAGUUAACAUAGAUUAACAUUAUAUAACAUAAGCAUUAUUUAGACAACAGGAAAACACUGCGUGUGUGAGUUAUGUAGUUUAGCGAUUACAAAUUAUGUCACAAUAUUUAUCAUUUUAUUCUAUUGAGAGAAUAGUAAAACAUAUGUUUAGUCAUUAAAACAUUAAAAGUGA